AUGAAGACCCUCUUCACGCACGGACACUUUUUCGCCCCGCAAUCCCUCAACGCUCAGGAUGACAAUGUCUUCGCUGAGUGUCUAGUCGUCGAGAAUGACAAGAUCGUAUAUGUUGGCGCACAGGAAAAUGCACCCACUGCAGACGACACCGUCGACCUACAGAACCGCCUGGUCAUCCCAGGCUUUAUCGACGGGCAUGUGCAUAUCAUGAACUUCGGCCAGUCUCUCGGCCGGCUGAGUCUCCUGGACUGCACUUGCCUGGAGGAUAUCCGCAAGGUCAUCAAGUCGUUUGCUGAGGCUCAUCCCUCUGCCCCUCGUAUUCUGUGUCGAGGAUGGAUGCAAUCCUCCACCAAUGGCAUCGCUUUGGCGAGUAUGCUCGAUGAUCUGGACCCUCGGCCCAUCCAGAUCGAGUCGUUUGAUCUCCAUUCCUGCUGGUGCAAUUCCGCUGCGUUGGAGGAAAUGGGAGUCUACACCGCGCAAGACCCUGCAGGGGGCACGAUUCACCGCGAUGAGAACAGACGGCCAUCGGGGCUGUUGAGUGAAAAUGCCAUGAUGGAGAUUGUCUGGCCGUUUCUGCUAAAGACCGCUACCUUAGAGGACAUGAUGCAUGCACUUCGUCUGGCAUUUGCAGCGUACACUGAAGCCGGAUACACAGGCCUCGUCGACAUGGCCAUGGAGGAUAAUAUGUGGGCGGUCCUCAAGCCCUACUACGAACAAGAAAACCCACCGUUCCAUAUUGCAGCGCACUGGCUCGUUCCCUUCUCAGAGGACCAAGAGGCCAAUUUCACCCAUGUCGACCGUGCCAUCCAGCUCUGGCACGAAUUCAACCCUGCCACCUCGCCCCAUUUCUGCAUCACAGGCAUCAAACUCAUCUGUGAUGGCGUUGUAGAUGGCUGCACCGCGGCGCUAACUCAGCCAUACGGCAACAGACAGGACCCCGUCGAGCCGAUCUGGCCCGUCGAUAUGCUGAGAGCUGUCGUGCAGCGCGCCGACGCAGCGGGGCUCCAAUGCGCCAUCCACGCUAUUGGAGACAAGGCCGUAAAACAGGCCAUCGAUGUCCUCGGCGAAGUGGGCACCCCUGGCCGGCGUCAUCGCAUCGAGCAUCUCGAGCUCACGGCGCCCGAAGACGCGAAACGACUCGGCCAGCUGGGAAUCACGGCGUCGGUGCAGCCGGUCCACUCAGAUCCCGUUAUCCUCCGCGCAUGGCCGGAUCUAAUCGGUCCCGAGCGGUGCCAGCGCGCUUUUGCGUACAAGGAUUUCGCGGAAGGGGGCGCGAAGUUGGCGUUUGGAACGGACGCGCCGACCGCCGCCCAUCUACCGCUGCCAAAUUUGUACAAUGCGACGACGCGGAGAUCCGCGAUGGAGCCGGAGUCUUCCCAAACCACGAACGAGCACUUCGGGUUAGGACUGGCUGAGGCGGUUACAGCUGCUACCGAGGGCGCAGCGUACGCACGAUUUGCGGAGAAUUGGGCAGGAAUUUUGAAAGAGGGCUGCAGGGCGGAUUUUGUAGUGCUGGACAUGCAGUGGAACGCAGAGGACCUGUUGGAGGGCAAGGUCUGUGAGACCUGGUUUGCAGGAAAGAGAGUAUAUGCUACAAAAUAG